GCAAGAGGACAUAUAUAGUACAAGGAGGAAUAGAUAAAUAAAUUUGUUUAUAAAACAUUAAACUUUAAUGUAUCCACAUUUUCCUCAUUUAAAAUUAUCCCUUCCCACCAUUUACCUUAAAAAUACAGGGAAUGAUAUAAUUAAAUAAAAUCAGCUAAACUUAUGCAAUAGUCUGAAUAUCACUUAGACUUGCAAAUGCAUGCCAUAGAUUUAAAUCAAGAUGCUGAAAUAUGCAAAACUUGUCAUUUAUAAGAAAUCCUUUUAAUAGGAGUUUGAAAAACCUCAAGUAAGUUUCCCAUAUAGUUCUGAAUGGAAGAAGGACUAAUCCAAUUUAAAUUAGCUGCAUGGAUCUUCCAUAAUAUUUGUUUUUUUAAGAAAAAAGUAUAUUUCUAUUCACUACAUAUGCUUAUCUACUAGUUCUACAUCAAGUUAAUCUUUCGUUUAGAGGCCGCAUUACAGAUAAAUAGUGUAGAUAGACUAUUUAACAAGCGGAAAAACUGUUAUAAUACCUGAAGAGAUAAAUUAGAAAAAUUUUAAUUCUUUAAAUAAAUAAUAUUAAGUAAGAUGCAGAAGUAGAUUUCAGAUGCAUUCAACUUCUCAACUGAAGAAUAAAUUAGAUUUUGUAUAGUCAUAUAUCUUUAAAUCGAGAGAAUUUUGUUUUUUGGAUAAUUUAUAAGGCAAGGUAUAAGAGGAGAAAUGAACCAGAGUUAGCUUGUUGUAUUUGGAUGCUAGUUUAAGUCAGUAACUGGGGAUGUAAUAUUUGUAAGGAGAAGAAGAAACAACUAAAUAAUUCUCAUAAAUCUAUCAAAUGAAUAUAUUCAACCUUUUUAAUAGAUGAUAGAUUUAUUAUAUUUUAAACUACAAUAUUUCUAGAUUAUUGUCUAUCUUAUCACUAAACUU